AUGCUCGAGUGCUCAGAAAACUUAUCAGCUAUUCUUGAAAACCAUGUACCUCCAUUGGAAGAAUUAAAAACUGUUAUAGAAGGAGCUCUUUCCGCUAAUUUUGCUACUGUUUUUGUUGAUGUCAGAAAAUGCCCAGAUCUAAAACGAGACCCGUUCCACCAAACAUCAUCAGGCUUUGGUCAUCGAAUGGUCAUUGCAGAAGUCGGAGGACCUGCAAAUCUAACUCCUGUUGUUCAAAAAGACAAAAUAUAUGAUAUAGAGACAAUUUCCGCUGUGUGUGGAAAGAAAAAUGCUUAUGUAUUCGGUCCUGGUGCAGGACCUUAUCCUAUUGUUGGAAGAAACUGUGAAAUGGUUGCGAACGCCAACCUAAAAGAAAAACAGAUUAAAACAGUUACUCUGAGGAACUGUGAUAAAUCCAGAGGUUACAUUUCGGAGUAUGUUAGCUCGCCGAAGUUUGCAUUGAUGGCCAAUUUAGCGUUAUCAACUAGCAAUGUUCAAUCACAAGUUGUUUAUUUUAAAUGUGAAGUUCGAACAGGCAGCGCAAACCUGACUAAUUGUAUUAGAGAUGCUUUACAAAAACACUAUAGUGGCAAACUUGUAUCCUUAGCUGGUUUUUUCAUCAUAAAGGAUGCUAAGACUAAAGUGCAUAUCAUGCCGGACUUUCCAAACUGUCCUUUCAAGGAUAACAAUGAGUUAAACGAGUGGUUGAAGUAUUAUGAUAUGAAAUCGCCAUUAAUUUGCGCCACAGUCAUGCAUUCUGAAGAGGCUGAUAGACAUUUAAGGCUAGAACAUACCCAUUGCUUCUCCGAACAUGGUGAUGGAGGUCAUUAUCAUUACGACAUAACACCAAAAACGGUGGUAUAUGAAGGAUAUCUAGCAGCCGCAGAAAAAGUUUAUCGAAUCGAUGAAGUUUAUGAAUCGUCUUCGAUGAAGUCAGAAUAA